AUGUAUUUCUCCCACAGGCUCCCAGACAAUCGCGCUACCAGUUCCGACGAGUCCAACAUACCAAUUGCUUCCACUCGAAAUCAAAUCUACCUCAACAUUAGAGGAUCCUCGAAACCCGGUUUUUCUACAUUCUUGUGGAUCGGUUUGUUUGUCCGUUUGUCAGUAUUUCAGUCUGUCGAUCUUUUCGUAGCCGACUUCUCAGUAUGUCGGUCUGUCGUUUGGUUGCUUAGUCAAAUUGUCAAUUUUGCUGUCAGUCUGUCCAGUUGUCCGUCUAUUGGUGUGUCGGUCUGUCUGUCUGUCGGCCUAUCCGUUUGUGCGUCUAUUCGUCUGUCUGUCAGUCUAUCUGUUGGCUGUCGGUUUGUCGGUUUGCUGCUCAGUCGUCUUCUGCAGGCGAUGUAA